GCAAAUAAAUCAGCUGUCAGCUUUAUUUUCAAAAUAAUCGAAAAUGGCGGACGAUGCAGCGAGCAGCAGCGCUUGUACCGGUAAUUUAGGUGAUAGCUCUGUUAAUCAAGAUGAAUUGAUUUUAAAGCAGCAACGUGAAAUCGAGAAAGAAAUUUCAGAGUCUAUUCCAUUGGUUGGUGAGCAAGAAGAUCUGGCAUCGUUAGAAAAAGAAUACAAUGAGGACCCGGUAUACCUAUUAAAAAUUAAAGAUUUAGCUUCAAAAUAUACAUGCAUUCGAAGAACAAGGCCGGACGGUAACUGUUUUUUCCGAGCCUUUUCGUACGCAUAUUUAGAACACCUGCUCAAGGAUAAAGGAGAGUAUGAAAAGUUCCAUGAGAUAGCUAAAAACUCUAAAGAUAUUCUAGUAGCUCUAGGAUUUCCACAAUUUACUGUUGAUGAUUUCUAUGAAACGUUUAUGGAAGUAGUUCAGAGAGUAGGUGAACAAGCUGGAGGAAGUUCAGAUGGAAUAGAAGAUAUUCGCAAGGAGCUGCAUGACAAGUUUAAUAAACAGGGAUACUCUGACUACAUUGUUGUAUACUUGCGACUUAUUACAUCUGGACAGCUUCAGACACAGCAUGAUUUUUAUCAAAACUUCAUUGAGGGUCCCCGAACUGUUACUGAAUUUUGUAGACAGGAGGUAGAACCAAUGUACAAAGAGUCUGACCAUAUUCACAUAAUAGCCCUUAGUAAUGCUCUAAAUGUUGGAGUCAGAGUUAAGUACAUGGAUCGUGGUGAGGGAAGUCAGGUAAUCGCCCACGAUUUCCCGGAAGGUUCAAAGCCCCUUGUCCACUUGCUAUAUAGACCUGGCCAUUACGAUAUUCUAUACGCGUGAUUGCAAUACUUUUUUAAUAAUAAACUAUUCUACCUU